AUGAAGAGCCUUCAGCUGGUGGGCGUCGGCAUCGAGAUGAAGAACCCCACGGUCAGCGUCAACGACAACACGCUGCGCAUACUGGCGAUCCUGAUAUCGGAAUUCAGCUACAACAACCGGAUGCCGCAUAGCGUGUCGGUGGAUGGAAAGAGGUGGGAUGUGUUUCGAGACCACACGCUGAUGAGCAACGCAGCGGUUUCUCAGACGUGCUACCCGCUCCAAGCGCUUUCGCACACCAUCGCUGCGUACCUCCUCGACCACUCCCUGCGCCCACUGACCGCCGUCGUGAGCGACCCACAGACCAUGGCCCACUGCAUCGCGCUGUGGCAUGCGUACAUCUACCUGAGGAUGGGCUACUGCGACUUCGCCUGCAGGAAACACUUCGUGCGCCGCGUCCUGGGAGACAACGGCGCCGGCGGCCACAACAGCAAUGCGCUGCUGGAGCUGCUAGAGACCCCCGCGCAAACGUGGCACGGCCCUGUGAUGUACACCGAAAGCGAAUACGUCGCCAUGCUACGGGCAAUGAGGCUCCUGCAGGAGAUUGUGGUCCACCUGUUAACCGAGCUAUCCGAGGAAGACGCGAGACCAAGACCGCAACUACGUAAUGCGGGCUCCGACACCGUGGUGGGGGAGAGCGCUGAGAGCGACAAUGCAAAAUGGCUACGGAUCACAGCGCGCACCCUGUUCGUGUGGCACAUCUACUACUACAGGCUGAAGAUACAGCGAGUGGGCACUCACGCGCACGACGUGGAUUAUUACACUUCGUUCUUCAAAAUGGCGACUGUGACCCUGCACAGGUUCAGGUCGCAAACACCCGCCGAAACGGCAGACGUGCUGACUUCCGUGACUGUGCUGAGCCUAUCAGUGUUGAGUCGAAGUCGGGGUCUCGACAGCAUCUACCAGGUGGUGCCGCAUGUUCUGCUGAGGCCCACCACCGCAGUCGUCAGCAGCGCUAGCCCGAAGAACCAGGCACCUGGUAGCGGAUCGGAUACAUCGCCACAUCAAGACGCGCUGCUACGCGUGGACGCUUUCGCCUACACCAACAUGAAGGCCAUGGUGGAGAGCUACAUUGGCUGGACAAACCGCCCUUACGACAUCAUGAAGUCCGUGUACACGGAACUCCAAGAAGCGGGGCACAAGUUCACCUCGCUGUUUGAAGUUGCGCAAACGCCCAUCGGCGCGUUGCUGAAGGCGUACGGAAGGUACGCCCGCCUGCGAACGCUGGAGUUCGGAACACCGGAGCGGCUAACCUACUACUCAUCCGAGCGCGAGGGCGACAGUGACUCAGCCCCUACCACGCCGCGAAAAGCGGGCGCCGUAAAGUACGGCUUUACCAAAUGCUUCGAAGUUAGCGUCGACGACGAGACGGCUGUUGCGAUAGUGUGCCUGGGAUCGGAGGCAGCCAUAAGGCUCCUCUUAACGCAUGACUGCAUGAACACAAAAGACACGGCUUUGGCAUUCGUCAUUCUGAACACGCUCAUUUUGCUGCUCCUACAACUGCAGCAGCGGCUAGUGGCUGGAAGCGGUGCAGGCGUUGGAACGGGUCGUGGGUCCACAGCUCUGGUGCUUCUCGAGACGUACCUCCACCUGCAAACAGUUGGCAUAAGCCACGAUAUGCGUGCAUCGAUCCGGUACUUUUUGAUGUCCAUAUUCACGGUCGGCGACGCUGUAGUGGAGGUGCUGAUCUGCAUGCACGUGGGAUCCAAGUCACCGCCACCGCCACCACCACCACUGUCCACAGAGCACGGCAGUAUCGAGGGAUACACGGAGUGCCCUGGAUCGCGUCAAGAGUGGCUCGUUGUGAUGGCGUGUCUUCGUUGCGUUACUUCAUCGCCAAUCAAGGAUGUUUUGUACGUGAUUAACACGCUUACCCUGCUGGCCGAUCUUAACGCCAAUGGAGGCGUCACGAUGUCGUCUGCAUCUACUCGCAGCGGCUCUGAAGAAGCGUUGUUCAGUAACACCAACUCGAAGGAAUCGCAACUGACUGCCUCAACUGCUGCCAAAGUCGAUGACGAUGGCAGUGGCGUUACCCUGUCGUCGGGGGGCUCCGGCACAGGCGUUCCCAACGUCAGCGUGGAGCACGCCAGCGUAAUGGAGAAACUGUUGAUACACACGCUGACACGCUACUUUGCAAGCGUCGCCGUCAACGCCAAACGGCUGCAAGUUAGCACGUCCGACUGGGCUCGUCUCAACGCCAGCUUCGUGGACGGCGUAUUCGGCGCCACAUUCAAGUUCCUGGGUGCAGCCAACGUCGCAGACGUGACGUACGAUGUGGUAAACGUUGUGCCGUUCAUGCUCAAUCUGUGGCAUAUCCUGAGGCCGCACCCUCCCAGCGACAACCUCGAUUUGGUGGAGUACUGCAUGGCGCUGCAGUCCCUGAACCGCCGAAGGCACUCAGUGGCGCACACCAUUCCGCUGCUAUCAGAUUCCAAUAGGCUUAUGAACCUGAUGCGCCGCGUUGUGGGACCGCCGACGGCCGCAGAAGCUGGCGAUGCAGACAUCGCAGGGGAGCCGGACGAUGCCACCGCCACCUUGACGAUGGCCUUCACCGACCGCUGCAGCGAACCCGCAGCGAAGAAAAGGCGCAAAAACAGCACCAGCGUGGCCUCAGAGCCCUCAAGCAAAACAAACAGACAAUCCAGCCCUUAUUCCCCAUAUCCGGAGCCCGUCAACCUGAACUGGAGCGGCGACCUUGCCACCAGCAAGGAUACCUCCAGCGCGUCAGUGGAGCGUGAUGAAGAUGCAGCUGUCGUACCAUACUCGAGAUAUAUAGAGCUCUUUGCAGCUCGGUUGCCGAGAUUCUGCUUCCACUGCAAACGGGCGUUGCAGUCAGAUGGGAUGCGGCGGGGGCUCUACCACGUCACCUGCAGCCACUGCGGCCGCCCGUCGCCGCUGCUCUGCGAGGGCCAUGUAGAUUCAAAUAACAGCUCCUACGGUGUUUAUCUGUCUUCAGCUGAGCCCUUCACUGCCACGAUCAAGACCGAGGGUGGCCUGCUGGCCCCCGACCUCAGCCGCAACAGCGAAGGCAGCGUCGAUUUGGAAUGGGAGACCAUCGCGUCGCUUUUGGUAAGGGUCACACGAAAGAUGGCCAUCGAAUGCUCUACUGCGGAGGCCAUGAAUGCAGUUUCUACCGGCAUAUCAGACGCCCUUGCGUUUUACAUCUCUAGCGCACCCGUGGCAUGCCACAGCGUGUUAAAGGUGGCCUCGGCCCUAUCGGCCGUUGGCACGUGCUUCGUGUUGUUCAUGAUGGACAAGGCACACGCAUAUCGCAAGCUGGGUAAACUGCCUGUGGACGGGUUCUACACCGACUUCUUCCGUACCCGCUUUGUGGAUAACAUGACGAUCAUGUCCGACGCCUCCGCUGACGUGGACCACCUGCAAGUGCAGUACUUCUGCGACCUACUGGCGAUGUCAACUGCGUCAAGUUCCUCGCGCCCGGAGUCCGAAACAGCCUGCAUGGACUUUUGGCAUAGCGCGCCGUCGCUGGUCGCCAACAUCGGUCCCACGUCAUUAUCGCAAAUCGUCACGCAGCUUCUGCAGGAGAUCGUGGAUGGCGAAUUGAAAGCUGCGUUGCCGCACAUGUCCAUUGAGGAGACCAGUGAUGCGACGGACUGCCUCUUCACGGGAUACAUGGCUGACGAACUGGAGGACUCUGACGGUAAAUACGAUUUCGCCGUCGCGUGGACCGCGCUAUCGCAGGUCGCGAACGUGAUGUGCAUCCCUCUGUUGAGGCUGUUCGUUUCCGGCCUCUCGCUAACUCCCGUCCGGCUGGCACUGACCGUGCGCAGCAGGCUGACUCCCGUGCAGCCCCUGGCCAGGGCGCUGUUGAGCAGCGUGAUGUCGGCUAGAGUUUUGGACCGCCUGGAGGACAUCCACGAGGGCCCCGUGCAGGGCGUGUUGUGCACCGACGUGACCCUGAACUUCACCCUGGACAACUGCGACUACCGCCUGUUCCAAAUCAUGCAGCUGCUGAACGAAGGCGGCCAGCCUCGCGAGAACGCCGAGCAGCUGAGGCGGUUGGACAAGUACCGCUUCUACGCCCUGGUGCGUCUGCUGUGGUACGUGACCAACCCCCACGUGGUGCUCCGUAUGAAGUACGCGCGUGGCACGAAGACGCUGCUGUCGGCGCAGACGGACUACGUCGCCGCGCCCUUCAGCGUGUGCCUCGAGAUCACGCGCGAGUACAAAAGGCAGCUGGUCAAGCAGUUACGCGCCAAGAGCACCGUGACAUCCACGCAAGCCACCGAUACCUCCAUGCGCCAGGACUCCAUCGGCAAAGCGGGCGCCGCAGUUCCCCCGGCCGACGGGAAACCAGCACAACCACCCAACGACACAAGCCCGCAUCUGCGGUUGGAACUGGCUGCUUUGGACGUCCAGAACAUGGAGGCGCUACAAAACACCGCGCAGGGCGACACGCAGCACCCCGAUCUGCCGCAUCAGCCCGAUGGCAUGGACUUGUACGGCGCCCUGGAUAGCGGCCGGCGGUACUCCGAGGGUGGCGCCAUGACCGAAUACAUGCGUGAGAAUUUCGUGCGCAUUCUGGAGUACUUCGUGGCGGUGUGGCUGAACCGGGGCCAGCACAGCCUAAAUUUCGCGCUGAAGAACAAGCGCGUGUUCUACCCGGAGAUAUACGGGUACAGCGGCAGGCAGGAAAUCGCUGCAGCGCACGUUGCGCGUACGUACAACUGCAUUGCCAUUUUGGUGAGCAUCUACAACGGCGACAUCGACGCGUUCUGCGACCGCAUGAUCGAGGUGCUUACGAUUUACCAACCCGACGUGUACAACGGGCGUGCACUGCUCGUCUGCUGGGAUGCCGUGGCACGCAAGCUGUCGUGCGACCUCUUGGGUCCCUACGCGCCCGGCAUCGCGUACUACAUGGCGCGCAUCGCCAUGAUUGGCUCCGACGGCAGCGCCGAAGCACCGCCGGCCGGGUGCACCGCUUCCAGCGACGCCGAUGACACGGCGCCAACCCCUGAAGUGUUGCCGUCUAGCGACGCCAUAAGUGCCAUCAAGAUGCGCCUGAGUGGCGUUGAAGACGGCGAACGUUACUGCGCGUACAUCGACUGCGUGGUGGACUGCGUCAGCCGGCCGCAUGAACUGGAGCGCAUAGAGGCUAAGCUGGAGAUGCUGGCGUGCAUGGUGUACAGCGACUCGGAAAUAAAAGUGCCGUACAUCACGCGCGAGGCGGCUGCCAUCACUGCGAACCAGCUGCUGGAGCUGAACCCGUUCAUCUUCAACAUGGAGCGCGCGAAGAAAGCCGCCUCGAAGCUCGCCAUUGCGGCGCUGCACACCAUAGCGGAGCACUCCGACGACUUCGCCAAAAACCCCACCGCCCUGGACUCCGCGUGCUGCUCAAUUCUCGGCUACGUGCCGUGCGACCUGAACGAGUUCCGCACGCCGCGCCAGCCUUUUGCCGCUGGCAUGCAGUGCUUCCUGUCCGACCCGUCGGAGCUGGCCGCGCAGCUGCUGAAGGACUACCUGAUCCCCAACAUGCACCUGCAGGUGGCGUUGUACUGCAUCCAGGAGAUUUUGAAGUUGCUGGGUCUCUACAAGGGCGGCGUGCGCUCGCAGGCGGAGCUGGAGGAGAUGGGCGAGCGGUGGAACCGCACGUUCGAGCCCCUCACCAGGCGCGCCAUCGAACCGUAUCGCGCCACGAGUUUCCUGCGCAACAGGGCCAUUGAAGGAGUCAUCGAAACGAGGCUGGACGUGAACACGGUGCUGGACAUAAAGUCGUUCGUGUGGUGGCUGCUGAAGAUGUUGCCGGAUUCGUGCCCCACGUUGCCUCUGUUCCGCGCGUGCGACCUGGCCAUGAUAAAGAUCCCGUCGGUGCUGACGUACCUGCUGCCGUACAUUGUGGACUCGUGCGUGCAGUUCCUGGACGACGAGCAGUGCGCCUCCAUCGGGAAGCGCAUGGCGUCGCUGCUGUGCAACAUCCUGAAGCGUGACAGCGCCACCUUCGGUAUAAACUGGCAGCCGCCUUACGAGGUGCUCUCGAGGUCGGUAAUGGCGCUUGACAGCACCGAUCAGUACACGUCGUGCCAAGCGAUCUUCAACCUCCUGGACGGCAUCAAGGUGCUCACCGACCGUUACCGCAAGGAGCUGGCCGUCCUCCGGGGCGGCUCGUCAUCCGGGCACUCCAAGCGGCGCAAGUCCUCGCCGACCACCGAGGAUCAGAGCACGUACAACCGCACCACUGUGGGCUCGGCCGACGACAGCUGCGGGAGCCUGUGCGGGAUAGGCUCCGAAAGGGACGCCAGCGAGACCGUGCGUAUCCUGGUGACCAAAAUGAAGCGGCUGGAAUCCAUCCUCCACGCUGUGCCCGAGCUGCUGGUGGCACAUGCUGCGAUAUCGUGCGGCUCGUACGCGCGCGGUGUGAUGAUAAUCGAGAAGAAGCUGACGUACGAACCCCUGUCCUACAAUUUCGGGAACCCCGGUCAGGCGCUGAGCAACCAGGCGAUACACGCCAAGGUUCACAACAUCGGUUUAAACCCGCAGGCUAUAAUCUCUCUGCUCUGCCGCGGCUACUUGGGGCUGGGUGACUUCGACUCCCUCGUCUGCAUAUCCAGCAUAGUGCUGCACGACGACUCCAUCAGAUCGGAAAUGAAGUCCGUGAGAAACGACCCCGCUUCCGCUGCAAAUUGCCGCACACCGCACCCCUCUGAUUCGCCUUCCGUAACUGCCAAUGCCGCUGUUGUGGACGCCACAGCGCCCGGCAGCCACGCCGCGAAGUUGGUCGAGUCCCGCCGGGGCUCCAUCACCAAGCGCCAGAAGGACGUGUGCCGCGCCUUCUCGUACGAAUGCAGGGGCGAGUACCGGGAAGCGUGCGACGUGUACAACCGUCUGCUGAAAUUUUCGCAGGAUACGCGGCUGUGGACAAGCUGGUACCGCAUCAUACAGAUGACCGGCCCGAGCGUCUUCAUACAGCUGCCCAAGUUACCUGAGCUGGAGGAGUCAGCGGACUCGCUCAUCGCGGAGUCACUCACCGCGUGCUGGAAGCUGUCGCUGUGGGACGAGCUCGACGAGCUGCUGGAGGCGAAGCGCACCCAUGAAACCGAGCUGCUCGAGAUCAAGGCCGAGGAACUGUCCAGCAUCGAAGUUCUGCUGCUUGACCGCAGCUGCGACCGCAAGGAUGCCCGCGGUUCGCAGCUGACGCAGUGCACCGCGGACGACCGGCGUGAGUCCGAUGUCUUCUGGGAAUCUCUGCUGAUGCGCGACCCCAUCGACGUGUGGUUCAUGGAGCAGACCGCGAACGCCAUGAGCCUCCUGCACAAGCGCGACUACGUGGAGAGCGAGAGGACCAUCCAGGAGGGCUUCAAGCACCUGAUCCGCCCGCUGGGCCUGGCCAUCCGUGAAUCCAGCCUGGUUGCCCUGAAGUACCUGGAAAAGAUCGCAAUACUCAACUCGCUGCGGCUUUCCAGCCGUCUCAGCGCCGGCAAAUACGCCGUGGACGAAGUCAGUUUCGCACGCGAACUGCUGUCGUUGAACCAGGGAGCUGCCGAGCACAGCGUCCGCAACGUCAUCAACAUCCUGGGCGCCGCCAAGGUGGCUCUCGAGCUCGGGGAUAAGUGCGACGCCGCAGCGGAGCUGCUGGUGUCACUCAAUCGCACCUGCCGCCUCAACAAGGUGGACAUGCACAUCCCCGGGAGCAUGUCACUGGACGACGAGGCGCUCUCCGGCCGCGGCGACGUGGUGCUGGAGCACGCGCUGACCCUCCACCACAAGGGCCACGUGGACGACGCGAUCUCGUCGCUGAAACACCUGGCGCGCAACGACUUCGAUGGCUUCUACAACCUGGUGAAGAUGUACUCGCAGUCCAACCUGCUGAUCCCCAAGCGCGCCAUAUCGUACAUGAAAGAAAUCCUGGAUGCAGCGCCGCUGUCGUUCAAGGCCAACCUGCUGUACGCCGAGUACCUGGACCGCCUGCUCGACCACAGGCUGCGUAACGCGCACAACUUCCGGUUGGUGCUGGACGACAGCAGCAUCUGCACUCGCCGGAGCACGGUCCACUCGUCAGUGGAGAACACGUACAUCAUCACCGGCGUGGAGGGCAUCCCGGGCGUGUUCACGUUCGUCCAGUUGGUGUCCGCCACCGUCAACGCUUACCUCCAGGCGCUCGCCUUCGUCGGCCCCAAACGCCACGCGGACGACACCGCGCCUGGCGGUGUCUCGCAGGGCGGCGCAUCAGGUGAGAAGGAAAGCAGCCGCGCCCAGUGCCUGAAUAAGGCAAGUUGCGGGGAUGUAUGCAAAUGCCACCCCAAUCCGGAGUCCAGCGACGCCGUCAACAAGGAGGACGCGGGCAACGCGGGAACUAACGCGUUCAAGGGCGCCGACCACAAAAAAGCCGCCGGACCUGUCCAGGACUCCGGCGAGCACAUGGACAUCGUGGACAUCCUCACCAAGGUGAUCGCCAUAAUGUGCUUCUACUGCACGCCCAACACCACGCAGUUCCUCAGCACUGUGACCUUCGAGAGCGAGGCGUGCCAGAUUUUCGCGAACGCCAUCAUGGAGAAGUUCUUCGUGCACACCGACGCCGUGCCGCAGUACUACUGGUACGCCGUGAUAUCGCAACUGAUGAGCAGGUGCCACCACAAGUUCCUGGGCGGCGCCAUCUUCCAGACCCUGGUGGCGAGGCUCAUCGCGCGCUACCCGAAGAUGGCGCUGUGGUCGACCCUCUACUUCGCGCACUCCGUGAACCCGCGCAUGCGUCAGAUCCACGCGAACAUCGAGCGCAAGGCGCGCGAGCUGGUGCCGGAGUCGGCGCUUGUGGUGGAGUACCACCACUCCAUCUUCAAGGAGCUGAGCAAGGUGGCCAUGGACACUACGGUUUCCAUCAACGACAAGUCGGCGCUGCGGUUCCAGAGCAUGUGGCGCGUGCUCAACAGCGCGGGCUGCAGGGAGAACGCCAUCAUCCCCACCAUCGAGAACCUCAGCUUCGACCACAUCAUCCACUACGACAUCAUGGAGUCCAAGUCGCGCAUGUGCGGCCUGGACGAGAGCAUGCAGGUGCUGCGCUCCAAGCAGAAGCCGAAGAAGAUCGGCUUUUACACCGCGUCUGGGCAGGUGGUGCACUUUUUGGUGAAGAACGAGGUCAAGGGCGACCUGCGGAAGGACAAACGCAUGAUGGAGGUGACCCAGUACGUGGCCAUGCGUCUGCGCAAGCACUACAGCGGCAUGCCGCUGCAGUGCUACAGCGUGGUUUCGCUAACCGAGGUCGCGGGCAUCAUCGAGUGGGUGCCGAACAUGGCAACCAUGAGGGCGCUGGUGACCGACGAAUUCAGGCGUGUGACCGGCGCCAGCGACCGCGAGCACAAGGGCGACAUCAGCAAGUACGCCGCCAGCAUUACCGCGAAAAACUACACCGACUCGCUGAUGCUGUUCAAGCGCCUCUGCCAGCGGAGGCCGCCAGUGCUGCACCGCGCGUACUACAAGGUGUUCAAGCGCGACCCCGCCGCGUGGUUCUGCGCCCGUAAGGAGUUCAUCCACACGUGCGCCGUGUGGAGCAUCCUCGGUUACAUCGUGGGCCUUGGGGACAGGCACGCGGAGAACAUCCUGCUCAACCUCAUCACGGGUCAGGUGAUGCACGUCGAUUUCGACUGCCUCUUCGGCAAGGGGUGGCUGCUGGCGGUGCCGGAGCUGGUGCCUUUCCGCAUGACGCAGAACGUGGUGUGCAACCUCGGCGUGUGCGGCACCGCCACCGACGGGCCCUUCUACUCCGAGGCGCUCAAGUUCCUGCAGAUGCUGCAGCAGGACCGCCAGAAGAUAACCGCCAUCCUCAUGAGCUUCGUGUUCGACCCGCUCAUCGAGUGGCACCGUGGCGAGGCUACGCCGAAUCCGGACUCGGACUCCCAGAAGGUGCUGCAGUGCAUAGAGAGCAAGCUACGCGGGGCGCUUAACGUGGUGCUGCCAUCAGUGGAGAUUAGUUCAAGUCUGUCUGCACGCGGCAACGCCGAGGACGCGGGCGACCCGCAGUCCCUGAAGAGCUUCGAGAACGUCGCGGAGAUCAUGGAGCCCCGGCAGCAGCUGCAGCAGCUCAUCCAGGUGGCGACCUCGCAGACGCACCUCUCGAAGAUGUUCGUCGGCUGGGCUCCCUGGAUGUAG